CGGAUCAAGUUGCUUCGUAGUUCUCACUCACUUUCAAAGACUGCGCUUCAACCAAAAUAUCGCACCUCGUCCGCUCUGCUGUUUUUCCCAGCUGCAAAAACUAAUUAUUUUUGCACAACCAAUUUAAAACUGGACUGGGUUCAAUUACCGUUCAACCCGCAUCUAAUAAGUCAAUCAAUCCAUUUCCCGAAUUGUUGUUUUCUCCUGCAGUUAAAUGUCGAUUUAUCGCUGCUCAGGGCUAGUCAGGAAACCGUCUGGCCUUAUCCACGAGAUCAUCCAUCAAUUAAAAGUAGUUGACCUUCGACCUGUGCAAAGGAUUGAGUACAAGUUUGAUCCUUUCCACCAAAGUGCGAAACACGUUCGAGACUUGAGUUUUUGGCUAUCAAGUCCCAAAAUUAGAGAUACCAAUUUCAAGUGCGUAUUCAAAACCAGCGUUCUUUCUAAUUUAUCUCCUCCAGAAAUUCAUUGCAAGCUCGAUAACGGGAAAGAAUUGAUUUUCAAAGCGGAAAAUUUGUCUCUACUGGAAAUUUUGGAAGAGUUUAACAAGAUUGUACACCCCCUGCUACCUCCUCCUGAAGUGACUACAGCUCCUCUAAAAACGAAAAGCCAGAAGAAAAAGUAAAACUACGUCGACAAUAAUCCUCCAGCCAGUUGCCGUUGUUUUAGUAAUAGGUCAGUAAGAAUACCUUUGUAGUUCUGUAUAAAUACCUGUCUCAUUUGUACAUAAGUCCGAUUACAAUCUAAAAACAAUUAAUACGGUUAUGGGUAUGACGGAAAAGAAGGCUCCGCUGGAAGCUAUUAAUAACAUCUACAAUGAAUUUCCUUCUUUCA